AUUCGUCAAGAGAGCCGGGGCCUGGAACCAAUCAGCGGCUUCGUCGGCCCCGUGGCUCCACGUCGGCACCAACUGCGGGGCAAGAUGGAGGCGCUGAUUCUGGAACCUUCUCUGUACACAGUCAAAGCCAUCCUGAUCCUGGACAAUGAUGGAGAGCGGCUCUUUGCCAAGUACUAUGAUGACACCUACCCCAGCGUCAAGGAGCAGAAGGCUUUUGAGAAGAACAUUUUCAACAAGACCCACCGGACUGACAGUGAGAUUGCCCUCUUGGAAGGCCUGACUGUGGUGUACAAAGGCAGCAUCGACCUCUACUUCUACGUGAUCGGCAGCUCCUAUGAAAACGAGCUGAUGCUAAUGGCUGUUCUGAACUGCCUCUUUGACUCUUUGAGCCAGAUGCUGAGGAAGAAUGUUGAGAAGCGAGCAUUGCUAGAGAACAUGGAAGGACUCUUCCUGGCUGUAGAUGAGAUCGUAGAUGGAGGGGUGAUUCUAGAGAGUGACCCCCAGCAGGUGGUACACAGAGUAGCAUUACGGGGUGAAGAUGUCCCCCUUACAGAGCAGACUGUGUCUCAGGUAUUACAAUCAGCGAAGGAGCAAAUCAAAUGGUCACUGCUUCGAUGAAGAUUUCGUUACCCCUGGGCCCCAUCCCACACCCCCGCUCCCAUCAUCCCUCCCCAAACCACUUGUCUACUGUGAUGCUCCCACCCCCCCAUCCUCACCCUUCUUGCACUGCACCGAUGGUCUCAGGGCCAUUUCAGAGGACUAAGGGCCUUCUAUUCUUUUCACCACUUUUCUUUGCCUUCUCUCCUCUUUUCCUCCUCUCCUCAAAAUUAUCCUGAAGACCAAAAACUAGGACUGAACAAAGAGAGGGGUCAUGUCCUUUCCAGCUUUCUCAUCUCUCCUAUCAUUCAAGCAGUGAGGUUUCUGGAAGUGGCCCAGGCCCUAGCAGAGCUGGGAACAGAACAGGGGGACCAGGAUGGUGCCCCCAGAUCAAAGCUUUAGAAAGAAUAUGCUGUUCUCCUCUUCUGGUCUCACCCUGCAUGUGCCCUGGCCAUCAUCCCAACACAGGGAGAAGAGGAAUAGUUCUAUCCGGAGGCCUCCAGAUUUUAUCAUUCUUGUGUAUUUCCUCUUAUUCCUGCCCCAGCCUUCUAAAGAAAGGAGAAAAGCAGCUUGGAGAGAGAGGUAGGCAAGACAUCUGAAACAAUCUCUAACUGGGUUGGGAGAGGAGGGUGGCAGUAGAGGUGGACACUGCUUUUCCUCAGUUACUCACUGUAACUCUCCCUAAUCCCAAUUCCAGGCCUAAUUUAUAGGCCCACGCUAUUCCAUGGCCGAGAACAGAUUGCAUCUUGGGGGUCUCUCGCCUAGUCAAUCUCCAGUAAAUUUCCACUCUCCACAAAUGGGGUCUUGUACACCAUGUUCCCUAAUUCUGGGACAGAGCCAGUCUCCUGGAUGAGAAAGCUCAGCCUCCAGUCUCUGGAAGAAGGGUUUUCUGCUUAGGAUUUGGGUGGGGGCUAGAUUUAUGUCUCUCAUCCUCUGGGUUCCUUCAGACCCCAUCGUGGCCCUGCACAUUUGAGAUAAACGUUUCAGUCUUGUGUCUAUAGACCCUGAUCUUAACCCUUUCCCCAUCUUACUGGCCUUUCCUCAGGCCUGCUGGGCAGCAGGGUAUAGGGUUCUUUUGGGGGCCGGAUAAAGGCAGUGAGAAAAAGUUGGAUUAACCUUAGGAGAGUCAGUUUGGGGCAAAGUAAAGAUUUAUCUUCAAGGACAGUAGAGGGGGCUGGUUUGGAGCUUUGUUCUCCCAUUGCUAAGCCUCUGUCAAAUACGUGACCUUCAGUUAAAUCAGUGAGUUUUGAGGUUUCCUGGGAAGGUAGAACAUCGACCACCACCUUUUGGUGUGACCUUGCUUCUCAGCUUCCCUUAAGAAACAGACCUCUGAUCCCUGUCCUGCCAUUGUCCUAAGUCUGAAACAUUCACAGCUGCCCACCCCUAAUUUGCUACAUUCUUAGUGGAAAAGAAGACCUGGAGAAAGAGAUGGGGAUGGGGCAGGCUCGUGGGAAAUGGAGGGCAGCUGCCCAAGGACCCUGCCCUGCACAAAAGACUGGGAAUAAAGCAUCUUUUUUUUCCGAA